AACACAUAUAUUGGCAGUGCCCAGCAAAGAAAACAAAAGGGCCAACAUAAAAAAUAAAAUAAAAUAAAAUUUAGAAAACAAGAAAUUGCAAUGGCUGCAAACGCCAUAUCCCCUCCACCACUCACAACGUCAUCUUCAUCUGCAUCAUCAAAAAACCUCUUUUUUCCUAAAAAGAUUCAUUUUUUAUCAUCUUCAAGCUCCAAACUCCAGGGAGGUAAGAAAUUAUGCGGCAUAACACUAGGGAAGGAAAAUUUAGGGGGUGCUCGGGGAUUUGGUGUGGUUAGGUGCAUGUCAUCUGGUGCACCCGCAGUCCUUCCCAAAGCCCUUUUGUUCGAUUGCGACGGUGUAUUGGUCGAUACUGAGAAAGAUGGACAUCGCAUUUCUUUCAAUGACACUUUUGCUGAGAAAGAGCUGGGAGUCACAUGGGACGUUGAUUUGUAUGGUGAAUUGCUCAAAAUUGGGGGAGGAAAAGAAAGGAUGACGGCCUACUUUAACAAGGUAGGCUGGCCCGAAAAGGCCCCAAAAGGUGACCAAGAAAGAAAGGAAUUUAUAGCAUCUCUGCACAAGCGAAAGACCGAACUUUUCAUGGUACUUAUCGAGAAAAAGUUGUUGCCUCUUAGACCUGGUGUGGCCAAGCUAAUAGAUCAAGCUUUAGGCAAUGGGGUCAAAGUUGCUGUGUGCAGCACGUCAAAUGAGAAGGCGGUCUCGGCUGUAGUUUCUUUCUUAUUAGGGCCUAAACGAGCAGAAAAGAUACAGAUAUUUGCUGGUGAUGUGGUUCCCAAAAAGAAGCCUGAUCCAGCUAUUUAUCUGUUAGCUGCAGAAACACUUGGAGUCGACCCAUCAAGUUGUGUUGUUGUGGAAGACAGUGCAAUUGGCUUAGCAGCUGCAAAAUCUGCAGGCAUGAAGUGUAUAGUAACAAAGAGUGGGUACACGGGAGACGAGGAUUUUGUAAACGCGGAUGCAGUUUUCGACUGCAUUGGAGACCCGCCUGAAGAAAGUUGGUAUCAGAAGUCAGCACGAUUCACGAUGCUGUCGCGACGACAAGAUGCUGCAAACGACAGGCGUGUCGCCGCCAUCUACAACCUGAGCCGCUGGACCGAGUGGUUUGGCCAUCAGCUCGAAACGAUGGGUCGUGAGAUUGCAGAUCUGUCCGCGGAGAUCGGGGACAUACGUCUAACUAUCCGUGCCAUGGUUCGAGACAAGCCAACGUACCGUGACGCCGACAACCGGAGCGUGCGCGGGGGAAUUUGCGGAGGACCUAUUGCCGCGCACGACGGCCAAGAUGUGCUGCACCAAGGUGCAAUUUUUGAGGAAGAUGACGACCAACAACGUGGAGGUGGCGAUGACCAUCGAUGGGAGGGCCCGUUUCGCGUGGACAUCCCCAAAUUCGACGGCGAGCCAGAUGACGGACCAUUGUGCAUGCUAGGGAUAGAGAAUGUGUAUGCUAGGGGCGUAGGUCCUGCUCCAAUCCUAGGCGAGGAUUUUUCACUUCACAAGUUGGUAGGUGCAAUUAUUUGUAUGCUACAUCCUGAGGUUAAGCAAAGUGUCAUUGAAUUGGCAAAAGCAAUGGAAGAUGACGAUGGGGUUGUGGGUCGGCUAGAGUGGACGUUGGGAGACAUUCAACCUUCGUGGUCGAUAGGGGAAAACAGGUCGGACGAUUAUUGCCAGGGGUAUAACUUCGGUGUCGGCACGUUUGGUGCGGCUUCGAGGGCGACCUGUCAUGAGGACGUCUCCAAGGGGAACGGGUUGGAUGAGAGCGAAUCCUACUCAAACGGGAGAGAAUGUUAUGAACACCCCUUCCUCAAUAAAUCAACCUUCAACCCCGACAUGAGCUCCGCUGCAAAUCCUUCUCUUCCCACUUCGAUACAACCUUUUCGUUUGCCGCAAGCUUCGCUGGAGAGGCGGGAUCCGCACAGCGAAAGCACCGGCAGCGUGUCGGUGAACUCGCCCGAGAAAAAAAAGAAAAAAAGAAGAAAGAUGUCCACAUCUGAAGCUGGCCCUUCGCAAAGUAAACAAGGAGAAGCCAGGUGGCCUCCAGAGAAUGAGGCUCGGUUCAUAUCGUUGAUGUUGGACCAAGUUAUCCUGGGGAAGUGCAUCGGGCAGAAGUUCAAACAAUGCAAUUGGAUGGAGAUCCAAGAAAAACUGAACGAUAUAUGUGGUCCUGAGUAUUAUUACGAGAUAACACAAAUGACGAGUAAACAUGAUCGAUUAAAGCAGCAUUGGCGUCGGUUCUACAAUAUGCUUAAUAAAGAUACGGGAUUCGGAUGGGAAUCUUCCACUGGGAAGAUCACAGGCGGUGACGAACUUUGGGCCCAGUGGAUCACGGUUAGUGUACUUGUUCCAUUUAUUUUCCCAGUUUUUAAGGUUAAGUGUGCUUUAUGA